ACCAGUUCGAGAAAACCCUCCUCAUAAUAGAGUUCGAUGACAAUGCCGUUACGCCAACACCACGCGGAGCUUUAAUACCAUGUCUGUACCCAUUCUGCAGGUUUGACUGAUGAUUCUUUCGCGGGCAGGAUCCUCUUCGGCGCAAUGAGGACAUGUUCAUCCAUCGUAUGGCUGCUGCUUAGCUUUAUGCUUUGCUUCACUCAUGCUCGUCCAUCCGCCUUUCACCUUGCCAACAGUUCACCAGGUUUGGAGGUGUCCUCGUCUUUCCAUAUUUCCGCGAGGUCGUCAAGUCAGACCAGAGAACUGGGCAUAGCAGAUAUACCUUCAUGUGGAAUCAGAUGCCUGAUCCAGUAUGUUCCUGAAAGCGGCUGUAGCCUCACCGACACACUCUGUGUGUGUACCAACGCGGCACUAAAUCAGCAAUUGAGUGCAUGUAUGCUUGCGAACUGCACCAUGGCAGACAACCUCGGCACUGCCCGUGUCAAUGCACAAAUGUGUGUGCUAUCAGAUGAGUCGCAGCGCAGGGAUGUGAUAGUUUAUACGAUCACAGUGUACGCUGUAGCUGUUACUCUUGUAGUACUACGCGUGGCUGGCAAAAUUGCCUCAAGCAAAUUAGCAUGGAACGACGCGCCAAUUGUAGCGGCCUUACUGUUAGCAGCGGUGCCAAUUGCAUGUGUGCUGGCCAUGGCGAACAUUGGUUUUGGUGAGCACCUCUGGAACCUUGACGACGGAACAUUCAUGCCGAUUUUACGAUACUUUUACAUCGCAUGGUCGACCUACGUCGCCAUCUUGGGACUGAUCAAGCUCUCGUUGAUCAUGUUCUACUUGGAGGUCUUCCCUACACGCAGCUUUAAGAUCGCUGGUUGGACUUUGUUCUGGUAUAUCACUGUUAACACGCUGAUCAUCUUCCUUUUGACAAUAUUCGCGUGCACACCCGUGGCUGCGUUUUGGGAUCGAGAUCUCAAGGGCAAGUGUAUGGACAUUCAGAUGUUGGGCUACGCCAACAGCAUCUCUGCAAUUGUCCAAGAUGUCUUGUUGGUCGUACUACCAAUGUUUUACCUGCAGAACUUGCAGAUGAAAAAAUCAAGAAAACUCGCUGUGGCCGUGAUGUUUUCCAUUGGGAGUUUUGGAUGCAUAACCACCAUCAUCCGUCUCCGCUCGCUCCUAACCUUCACGUUUUCCGUCGACCCAACCUGGGACUAUGUACCGAUCGUGAUCUGGACUGAGCUCGAGAUUACCGCUGCCUUUGCGUGCGUUUCGCUUCCCGCCAUUCGCGUCUUGGUUGUCAAGAUUAUACCGAAAAGACUCAAGAGUUGGCUUACAGAGGUCACACAUAACUCAAGUCACGUGACACCAGUGCAGAGCAUGCCGAAAGAGAACUCUUCAAGACGUAAUUGGCACAAAGAUGACACUUGGAUCAAUCUGGCUUCGACAGAGGCUUAUGGGGAGAAACAGACAAGAGACAGGCUUGGGGUCUUGCCGAGCACAGAGAGCUCAGCUAGCCAUCUGACAGCUACCGGAGCUCAUUCGGUGUCCAGUUUGGGCGGCAUCAGUGGCUCAGUGGUAAAGCAAGAAGAUGCAGCGGCAGCGGCAGCGGAGUUGUCUCAGCCCCGGACCCCAGUGUCCGUAAAUAGUAGAUUUAGUCGUUGGAGAUAAGUGCGAAUUUAGAAUAUGCUCAACGAUGUAUUUCGGCAUCAAAAACCCAGUAUGUACAGUCGUGAAAAGCAGAUAUUUCUCGCGC